GCAGAAUAUUUAGGCAAAACCGAGAGGAGGGGGGGAGCACGGGGCAGGAGGAGUACCUCGGCCAAGAAAAUUAUGCAUGCGUUAGGCAAGCUCUGAGAGAAUGGCUGUGGAAGCUCUUCACUGUGGUUUGAAUCCGAGGGGCAUUGAUCACCCUGCCCAUGCUGAAGGAAUUAAGCUGCAGAUUGAAGCUGAAGGUGUAGAAUCUCAGUCCAUUAAAAACAAAAAAUUCCAGAAGGUGCCUGACCAAAAAGGAACCCCCAAGAGACUGCAGGGAGAAGCUGAGACAGCAAAGUCAGCUACGGUGAAGCUGUCAAAACCAGUGGCCCUGUGGACGCAGCAGGAUGUCUGCAAGUGGCUGAAGAAGCACUGUCCAAACCAGUAUCUGAUCUACAGUGAGUCAUUCAAACAACAUGACAUAACUGGGCGAGCCCUGCUGAGACUCACAGACAAGAAGCUGGAACGCAUGGGAAUCCUCCAGGAGAACCAGCGCCAGCACGUCCUGCAGCAGGUGCUCCAGCUGAAGGUGCGGGAAGAAGUCAGAAACCUGCAGCUACUCACACAAGCCUCAGUGGAGAGUUCUCCAUAAACACAGUAGCCAUGCAAGCCGCUGCCUGGCCAGUGGGCAUGAGCAUGGCCUGUUCCCCAGAGAAAGACUUACUCUUGGCACUGCCAGAAGAGAUCCUUGAAGCAUGGGCAGAUUAACUGGAUUAUCUGAGAAGACGCCUAUUCAGUCAAGAUCAUGAAGUUUGGGAGGAUAAAAAAUUCAUCUUGGUUUGCCGUGGAUUUUCAAAUGAGGUGCAUAACGUACAGUGCCAACUCGUUCCAAGUGGUCAUUGGCAGGCCAUUAGCUGGAAAAUUACUUCCAGUUCUCAUCACUGUGCAUAACUCAAGUUCCCCUUGGGCUCUGUCUGUGCCCUUCACGACAAGUCCUGUGUUAGCAUGGCAACUACUGGAUUUAUUUCAUUAAGCGUGCAGAUGGCAUGAUGUUUUAGAAAAACAAAUACAAGAGUUCUGCAGUCUCCGUGGAAGGGUUCACAAUAUUAUGCCCUGGUAGGAAUGUAAACGCGUCUUGAUUGUGUUAGUUGUGGUGUCCCAAGGUGUUCUGUCUAAUGCUGAAGCACUUUAUCUGAGAACACGACACUGAGCUGAAACCACAUCUGGUACAUGUAGAGAAACAAAUGUCUCCUCUCUUCUUUCUAACUCUUGUCUUAUUUCUGGCUCAGACUGUCCAAGACAAACUCCACUCCUAGUAUACUCUCAGUGUUCUGUGGUAGAUCAUUGUAAAUAUGGCCACGAUACUGUUAGAUUUCACUUGCUGAUGCUUCACCGGAUAACUGGAUUACUUCCAGCACAAAGGGAAGCCGAAGCUAGCAAGUCUAGUAACUGGACUCUUUGAAGUCUCGCUUCACUGUACCCAGGAACAACUUCACACAUCACAUCAUGACACACUUUACAAGAUGCUUCUCUCUGGCCCAUGCCUACAAACUCCUCUCCUACAGAGGAGAUCUUCCAAACACAGAGACUCGUGGAUUAAUGCCAAGGGCAGCAGAAUGCAGCCUACCUUAGUGGCCCCACUUCCACACUUAGGAAAACUUCCAGAGGUCAAGUUUCAAAUCACAGUUCCAGAGAGAAGCAUCAAACGACCUCACUGUGUGCCCAGAGAAGUAAAAUAUUCAGCCCACAGUAGGUUUUCUUCCUUGGCACAGAACUCACUCUUCCAUGGUAAUGCUUCCUGGGAUGUAUAUAUGACUAUUUUCUUUAAUUCUAUCCAACAACAAAGCACAGUCCUGGGAAACCGUCCAUUCAGUCAGUGUUUUUAACCUGAACACCAGAAGUGUUCGUUCAUAUUGAUUGCCCCCUUGUGAUACAUUAGCAUCUUUUCCCUGGACAUUGAACCUUGGCUGAAUUAAAACACAAAAGUGUGUCAUGAACACUCACUAACCUAACCUGGAACCCACAGGCAUCAGAGACUAAUAUUUACAAUGGGUGUAACAAUAUCUGGUACCCUGCCAGCAUAAACAAGCAAGACAUUUUUGUAUUGUCCCCAAGCCCUCAUUCUCUGUCCCCACUUGCGGUCCCAGGAAGUGGAAAGACCUGAAUACACAUAGUAUCUCUCUAACAGUAUCUCUCUGCAGGGUGGCUCCAGAUGUGAGCUAGAGAGGGGCCUCAGAGAAAUGAUAGCUAACCGUGAGAUCGGGACCUUUAAACCAGAACCGUCAAAGCAACCCCAGACCAUAAUUCUCUAAAAAGUUGAAAUUGGUAAUGCAAGCCCAGGUUGCCAUGGGUCCCGCUCUAUGACCCAUCCAUUUGCCUUCGUUCCACCAGCAGGGUUUAUGUGUCCCUUCAUGCCUUCUUUUUGUCCAGCAAGCAAGCAUCUGUUGAGGGACCACCAUGGGCCAUGAAUGGUACUGGGUCAACUCUAGUACAGAAGGCACAUUCUUCCUGCUUCUAUUGAAUUCUCUCCUUCAAACACUACUCUCUUUUUUCACAGCACAAACUGAGCUGAGAGAUCUAGGUCCACCGUCCUCACCUUGCCAGAGAACAUAGGAAGAUGCUUGUGAUGACAACAGGCAGAUUCCAUUCCUGAAUGAGUGGGCAGCUUCAGAAUACAUCUAGAACCUUGCUAGACAGCCAGCUAAGUUGAUCAGAACUUUCCCUAGCAGCUCCCCGUUGCUCUCCUUCAUGCCCACCCCACUCUCUAUAUUUAUCACUACAGUGCAUUCUCUGAGAUGCCAGUUCUCUAAAUAUCCCCCAAUGACCCAGAAUUGGUCCUAAUGAGUCCUCUAAACCCUGCCAGGUCUGAGACACUGUAGCUGGGAAUUAGCAGGUGGAGUCAGUGCCACUUUGAGACUCUCGCUAAAACCCUCAGAAAACUGAUGCCUAUUCUGUGCAGAUGUCCACUAAGUGAUCAUAGACUGUUGUUAUUUGGGCUGAUGCAAAAUAAUCUGAGCAAUUAAAAAAAAAGUUACCUCUUUUUUUUGGAGUCAGAGGAAUACUGUAACAUUUUUGAAAGAUAAUGGGUGAAGAUGGAAAUGGAAAAAUGACAAAAUGAAGGCCCUUAAAGACCCCAGUUGAAAAAUGCUAUCUCUUAAAAAAAAAAAUGCCUUAAUUCCUGGUACAACCUCCAUAUUUGCAUAUGAGCCCGUACUGUUUUCCAAACUGUCAAGCACUAUUUGAAAUCAUUAAAGGUUUGGAAUCAUGAUGGAACAAAAUCUGUACGUGCACAACCAAAACCAGAAGAAUGGGAGAAAUGAUUUCAUUCAGGACCUUCGGCUUCUUUGUUGCAUGGAGAUCCUCUGUGAGAUUGCCCCGUGGUUACUUCUUGCUUUGUUAUGAGUCAGAAACGAGUGUGCAAUUUUACCUUCCAGGAAUCCAGGCGAAUCUAUGGUGGGUUUUGUUUUGUAGGGUAGGAGAUAUGGGGAGCUAAGGGGAAAACGUUUCAAUAUCUAAAGACUGUACAUGAUUGAGGUUUAAGUUUUCCUUUUUCUUAAGCUUGUGCUACCCCUUUUACUAAAAGGCUGACACACUUAGGCAGGAAAGAUACUCUUGGGAAUGGACUGAAAUGAAUAAUUAUCAGACUCUCCAGGAUGCCGAGAGGAUUAGCUCGGUUCAGAUCCAAAAUCAAGUUUAAAUAUGCAGAGCGUCAUGGUUCUGCUGGGGUCCAAAGCAAGUUGGACCAGUAGCUUGAGACUUGCCUAGGAGGGAUAGGAACCCAAUCAACUUGCUUUACCGAAUAUGGCUUACCUUCAAAUCCCUGCACAAGCUCUGUGACAUGUAUACCCACCAAUUCGAUUUCUACCUCCUUCAUACGGGUAAACAUGCCAGGUUCUCUCCAGAGUCACUCUGCAGCUGCCCAAACAGAGGCAUGCAGUCCUCCGUACUGAGGAGAACGUGCCAUUUUUCAACAUUCAAUGGGGGAGAAGAAGAUCAAAGAUACCUGUGCAUAUAAACUAAGGAUAAGAACCCCAAAUGGAUCCACCACACACACACCCUAAAUGCUUUGUCUGCAAAUGUCACGUAAUUGGUUUUGGAUAGCAACAAUGAAGUCUCAAGAAAGUAAAGUUUUCAAGACACCCCUAACACAUUUUGUUUUAAUCCAAACCUCUUCCCCCAUGCAUUAGCAGCUACUUUCUCUGCGAUGUUUGCUUCCGUGUUCUUUAGAGUAAUUUUGCUACUUGACAACUAGACUUAAAGCUGCCAUAGACUUAAAAACCUAAUCUUUGGAAAUGACAAAGAUCCUUUUAUUCUUUGAAGCUUUUUUUUAUUCAUCACCUCUCCCACUUUUUCCUUUUUUUGAUGUGUGUGUGAUUUUGUUUUCUUUUCAUCUCUUUCUUUUGUAUAGUACUAUAGGUAUAGUUCAAGGAUUCUAGAAAGAACUCAGAUAGAACCACAUCAUCCUCACUGUUUUUUCCCCUGUCCUGACUAAUAAUUCAGUUUUAAGCUUGACCUUGAUGCAGCCCAAACAGCAGUUGGGCUCCCAUUUUCGUCUCCAAAAAGUCACUGGUCAGGGGUGAUCAUUAAAGCAAGGCCAGGGGGAUUAGAGAGGAGGGCAAGCCAGGAGCUAUAUCUUCUUGAGCACAGCUGAGGACUCUAGUUCAAAGACAAGCAAGCCUCCACCUCAAUCUCUUUAGAGCUGGGUCUAAUCCUAGAGCCGGAGCAUGGUCUCGUGAACUCUGAUGUGUCAACAGACAGAAUUUCUGGGAGCUUAAAAGUAGAAGAAGGCUGAUUCAGUUACGUUCCUAUGGUGAUGUAGCUGACAUACACUGGAAUAGAUUUCUGAAAGCUGUGACUGAGGCAAAAAAGAAUGACCAGGUAUGCCUUUGUGAAGGUGGCUACAGGGACAGCAUCAAUGCUAGCACCUGUGUCCAUCAUGUUCAUUUCAGAGGCAAAAUCCUGGAUGAGGAACUGGGAAGGGACAGGCACUAUAUCUAAACUCUAAAAUGUGUAGCGUGAAAUUUAGGUGGCAAAAUGAAAAGGAAAAAGACCAUGAGGCAUGGCCCACUCACUGCUGGUCCUCUGCUUCACAUCAAAUGACAAAGAGAUGCCUCCUGCUGAACAGGGAGAUCUGAUCAUUCAAGAUAUUUUAAACCUGUUUCAUUUGCCAUAUAAGGCUACUUAAGAACCUUAAAUACCCAAGAAUUCUCCCAUCAGAACCCCCUUCCGUACUUAUUUCCCAGCAGUAAAAGACACCAGCAAUCUACACUGACUGCCAUCUAAAUGUCACUGGUGACAGGACUCAGGCUGAAUCCCAAGUCAGCUGACACAAGAAUACCAAACACUGUUGGUCUUUCUGCAUUCCUACUGAUCACUUAGCAUUUUCGAAUUUUGGAAAUAAUGUUGGGGGGUGGGGGUGGCUCGAUCAAUUGUUGUAUUGUUUUCCAAACCUCAGAAACUUUCAGUAGCUUCAGCAUGGAUCUUAGAACUGGGACUUUCUGUUCCACGUGUCUCUUAUUUGCAUAGCAGCUGAAAAGCUAAGGAAUCUACUGAACCGGGCAGUGGGGAUGCAGGCCUUUAAUUCCAGCCCUCGGGAGGCAGAAGCAGGUGGAGCUCUGAGUUUGAGGCCCGCCUGGUCGACAGAGCAAUUUCCAGGACAGCCAGAGCUACCCAGAGAAACUCUGUCUCAAAAUAUCAAAAAAAAAAAAAAAAAGAAAGAAAAAAAUUUCACCUGACUUCGAGGCCCGCACACCUGAGCUAACCAAAACACUGGGGAGUGCUGUUUGCCAGCCAUCAGGUCCACAACCUUCUAGAAUUCAAUCAUUCGGAUCAUAGGCAAUAAAUGGCUGAAUCACAUGGUGUUUCUCCAUAUUUGCAUAGACGUAGUUAUUAAACGUAGGGUUCCUGUUUUGCCUUUGAAAGAACACACAAAUCCAUUUUUUGGAAUUGCAUUUGAUCACACCACCUUUUCUCAAGUUCUGUUUUCUGACAUCUUCCACAAUUUCUUUCUUCAAAAACUUAAAGUUCUUGUUGUACAGGUCUUUCCCUUCUUUGGUUAGUGUUACCAAAACCUCCUCAAGUUCUGUAAAAAUAUAUUAAAAUCCUUUGUGCUGACACAGAAUUCUAAAACAAAACUUCUUGUUAUGAUAGAUCCUUAUUUCACCUGGGAAAGAGAAACCAAUUUUCCCUCCAGUUCAAUACCUUGGGCACUUUAGAAGUUGCUUCUGUCCCACCUACAAACUGAGCAAUCUCUGUUGCCAGCUCCUGAGACCCCAGCUUCUGAAACAGCACAAAGACCAUGAAAAGACAUCUUAAGCACACUAGGUAGACUCCAUGUUCAAGCAGAAAUACAAAAAAAAUAGUUGGAUUUUGAGUGUUGUUAAACAUUUGAAGAUUGUUAAAUCAAAUACAAACACACACACACACACACACACACACACACACACACCUAAUCCAAUCACAUUGGGAGCUGACCACAAACUCAGAAAGUUUGGGGCAAUUCCUUGUCUGAAUCCCAUGCAGUUAACUCAAGAUGGGCGUAUAUUUCCUCGCACAUCAGAGUUGUAAAGCGUAUGCCAAUUCUUCUAAAAAGGCCUCUGGUGGAGCUGGAGAUGUCACUGAUUUGAUAGCAUGCACAAAGCCCUAAACUGGAUCCUUAGCUUCACUUAAACCAGGUAGAGUGGUAUGUGCCUGUAAUGCCAGCACUUGAGAGAAAGAAGAAAGGGAAGAUCAAGAGUUCAAGGUCAUUCUGGACUGUGCAGCAAUUUUGAAACUGUUCUGGGCUGCGUGAGAUCCUGUCUCGAAAAAUUAAUCAAUUGAAAAGACCCCUGGUACUGAUGGAAACCUUGAAGGUCAUGUUCGUUGCUGAUGGCUAUUGGCCUUGUUUGUUUGUGUUUUGUUUUGUUUUGCAGCACUGGGAAUUGAAUCCAGGGCCUCUGGCAUGCUAACCAAGUGUUCAACCAAUGAGUCACAUCCACAGCCCAUCUUUUUCACGCUUAUCCCAUUCCUACCUCAGAUCACCAGCAACUGAGACCUUAGCUUCUACAAGGGUGUUGACCCCAUACUUAACACUUGGCAAUGGUGGGGCUCUGCCUAGUUUACUGGCUUCCAUCUCUCCUCUUCUAGCCGAAAGCUAUGUCCUACAAAUGCCGUGCUAGAGGAGGCUGGAGUUUGGCUGGUAGAAGAAGCUCACACUGCCGACAACUGAAUAAGACCAGGUCCUUUAACUUGCCUGUGCAACUUACUGAUGAUGAGAACAGAAGCCCGCCUGCUGAACAACCAAGGCAGUGCGGAUGUUUUGAAACUCAUUCUACUGAAAGUCUUGCUCCCCUGAAUCGCACUACUGUAGGUCUAGUUAAUCCAACUAUUUAAUAUUAUUGGGCACUGAGUUAAAUAGCUUUACAUGAAAUUUUAGCAAAGAUCAAUAUUGUAACAAAAUUACAGAUUAGGAGUAAAAAGCACCUGAGAAAAGAAACUAUUGAUCUGCUGUGGUUUAUAUACUUGCAUUAUUCUUAGGGCUUUGUAGAGAUUGGCACUUCACUGAUAAAGGGAAAGAAACUGUUUUGAAUUCAAGAAUGGUGGAGUAAUAGCAAUUGCUGGGGGCUUUGGUCCUUACCCUUUCUGGGAUGUUCUUCGUCCCUCAGCAGACAGGGUUGUUUGAGGACUAGAAAGGUCUAAAGGGUAAAGUUUUCCCAUACCACGUAUUUACAGAUAAUUGUUGUAGCAAACAGGGUUAUGAGCUUGGUUAAUGAUACUGUUCCUCGUCUUUGGUUUUUUUUUUCUUCAAAAACUAUUAUUACCAAACCUCCACUCUAGGAUUAAAAGAAGAAAAGGAAGAAUGAAAAAGUAAUACAUGGUAUUUUACAUGUGUGUGUGUGAACACACAUACACAAGAAUGGUUGGACACACAGACACACAGAGACAGACACACAGACAUACAGGCACUGACACACACAUAUACACACACAGACACACACAGACAUGCAAACACCAACACACAGACUCAUACAGACACCAAUACACAGGCAUAAUGACACCGACAAACACAGAUACACCACACACACACACACACACACACAGACAGACAUAAUGAUACCGAUACACACAAUUACACACACACAGACACACACGCACACACAAGCUUUUUCUUAGAUACAGGAGAUGGUUUUCAGAGCCUUCAGUGAGAGUGUCCACAUAUCACCACUCCCCCUCUCCAGGGUUCAGAGAACAGUGACCUACCCAGAGACGAGGACAGGCAAAGACUCCCAAACUUCAGAUGGAACAAGGCCACAGAGCAUGUGCAAUUGGCAAGUUGAGGGCAUUAAGAAUCACAUAGUCGUGGCAGAUUUCCUUGGUCAGGUGCUAUUGCAUGUUAGUAUUUGUUCUAGGGAAGAUAUAAGGACAAAAUCAUCUGGUAAAUAUUAAAGAGAACAGCAGUGAGCUCUCCAGAGUCUGGGUGAGUGGGGGUUGUGGUUCCGUGGUGGAGUGCUUGCCUAACAUAUGGAAGGACCCCGGUUCAGUCUCCAGCACUGCAGAAGACAGAAGGAAGGAAAAUCCCUCUCUCCUAAAAUAACAAAGUCGGAGGGAAGAAAUCCAAUUAAGAAAAAAAGAAAAAAGACUGGUUCACUCUUUGAACAGCAAGACUAAAAAGCACAUCUCGUACCACAGUAGUCCACAGAGACUGUAGACAUUAACGCUUCCUUAAGUGCACAGUUAGUUAAAGCAGUGGUCUUAAUUGUGUUGGGUUCCCAAGAUUGGUUCAUUAAAUUGGAAUUUCCUUUAUCCAUUACCCACAAUUGUUCUGCUUUUUUUUUAUCUUCUUUCCUUUGUUCACUUUUUUCUUUUCUUUUUCACUCCAGAAAGGGUUCCAGGCCCAGACUUAGAAAGACACAAUUAGGUUAUGUGGCAAAAACAAGAGUGCCUUUUCCACUGGAUGUCCACAUUCCUGGGCUCCACGGUAUCCGAUGUUUAGGAAACGCUUCUCUAAACAUAAGAUUUAUUGUGCACCACAAUUUUGAGCCACUGACUUAUGUAUCUUGAGCAGCUACCAACUUGCCAAUUCCCUUUGGGUCUCCUUUAUAUUUUCUUAGACUAUUUCUUUCUAUUUUGGGUUUUCUUCAUGAAGACUAGGAUGGGGCGUGAGUCUUUUUAAACUGAUAAAAAUAAAACUGUACAGAUUUCUGCCCACUUGUAUCUGCAAGCAUGAUCUCUCUCGGGCUUGAAAAUCGGCUUUAUCAUUUUGUAUAUUUGACUAUUUUGUAUUCGGUGUUAUUUGGUUCCUUCUGUGCAUGGCAAUGUAUUAAAAUGUGGGAUUUCUA